AUGCGAUGCUGGAUUCUGCGCAGGACUUGGUGGACCUUCAUCGCCAUGUGGGGAAGAGCCAACGUUGGCAUCCUGGCAUUGUGGCUCGGACGUGGCAGGGUCAACAUUGCUCUUGGCGAGAAAGAGGAGCCGCAGAUCUGGAGAUUUGGAUGGUCAGUGGACAUCCUGCAAGACCCUGGUGAACCAGAUCCGGAGAACCAGGAAGACAACAAGGAGAACGAGCCACCUCAGGAUGGUGAAGAGACUAUUGAACCCGAAAAUGGAGGACAGAGUUCCUUCGCACCAGCAGGAGGAGGAGUCCCUGCCGAUUCGAGCCACGAAUCACCUGAGGCAACAGGAGAGGAAGUGAGAGAGGACAACCCUGAGGCCCUACAGCAGCCUGAAGCUCGCGCGGUGGUGAAGACUUGGGCGGCCCAGCCGCGACCACCAGGGGACGGUGACGAAGAACACAUCCAGAACGUGAUGAAGCUGGCUUGUGAAGGGCGAGUGGAAGCUCUAAGACCUGAGAUGUCACCCGACACGGAGCUCCGACACGGAGCAGUCGACGGCGAAGUCCGUCCGGGCACCAGCGGAACAGAGGAGAUGGAGCCCAGCAGAACCAAGGGACAUCUCCUCAAGGGGAGUGUGGAAGUCUUCAUGGUGAAAGACAACUCCUGGUCUACAGAGGAGCUCGUAGGUGCCAGCUUCGCUGCGCGGGGCGUUCGGCGUAGCGGGGCAAGGAAGUCCCACCAAGCCAGUCCCACCUGGGCAGAUCCAUCUGUCGCGAUGGUCGGUGCGGACACCGAUCCUGCGCGUCCCUCUCCGCUCCGGCGCGCGGGCACGGUGGCCCGGCAACUGCUGGCCGCACCCGUGGCAUCCGACGAUGUGGACCUGGAUGAAGUGGCCUAUGGGUUCAUGGCCUCGCAAGCCCUCUUUUGCGCCUUGGAACUGGGGAUUUUCGAUCACUUGGCCAGCGCAGGGAAGAUGAAGGUGGAAGACUUGUCAAAGGUCUUGAAGAUCCCCCCCACGCGGCUGCAGACCCUCUUGACGGCGCUGACGGCGGCCAAGUGCCUGCGACUGACCUCGGGGAGCUAUUCCAACUCACCGAAGCUGGGACAGGACCGGUGGGUUUCCAGCGAGAGUUGGAGGAACGUCAGCAAGUUCAUGGUGUCCUCGUCCAAGGCUUUCUACGGCGAUUAUUUGAAGUAUCAGAUCGGCCGGCUCUUCUAUGCACGGAUGGGGCAGCUGUUGCCUGUCCUGAAGGGCGAAGAGACUCUCAACUACUCUGGUUGGUUCUCAGACCCUGAGGUGGCCGCAAGUUAUACCAUGGCCCAGCACAAUGGCAGCUUGGCGACGGCCAAAGCGCUCUUCCGACGGGUGAGCCUGGACCACGUGCAGCGGAUGUUGGACGUGGGCGGUGGCAGCGGCGCCUUCUCCGUCACCGCGGUGCAGCGGGUCCCGAGCUUAUUUGCCACAGUCCUGGAGCUCCCGGCCGUCUGCGCCGAGGGCCGCCGUUUGACCGCGGCCGCGGGACCUGCGGCGGCGCGCGUGGAGUUCCGCGCGCUGGAUGCGACGGAGCCCACGCGGUGGCCGGUGGAGGAGGCCUCGCAGGAUUUGGUGCUCAUGUCCUACCUUUGUGGCUCCAUCCCAGAGGAGGCCCUCCUGCCGUUGUACCGGAAUGCUUUUGGUGCCUUGCGUCCCGGGGGACGGCUGGUGGUCCAUGACUUCAUGGUGGAAGACUCCAAGGAUGGACCCGCCUUGGGCGCCUACUGGGCGCUGCAGCACGUGACGGUGAAUCCCCAAGGCUUGGGCUUGACGCCCUCGGGCGUCGCGGAGCGCUUGGCGGCCGCGGGGUUUGAGGUGUUGGAGCAGAGCGACCUGAUUGCGCGCAUGACCAAGGUUGUCGUUGGCCGCAAGCCUGAGUGAGCCGAGCCUCUUCCAAAAAUCGGUUAGCUGGCGAG